GUUUAUGCUGACGCGUCCCUCUUCUGCCACUACACCGACGUGUCAGGUCUUCUUGCCUAGAGAGCUGAGCAGCAGACAGACCGGCAGUCCCCGACGCAGACAUGGCUCCCAAAGGCAGCAGCAAGCAGCAGUCGGAGGAAGACCUUCUCCUCCAGGACUUCAGCAGAAACCUCUCGGCCAAGUCCACCGCGCUGUUUUACGGAAACGCGCUCAUCGUCUCUGCCAUCCCCAUCUGGCUCUUUUGGAGGAUUUGGCACAUGGACCUCGUCCAGUCUGCAGUGUUGUAUGGAGUCAUGACUCUGGUCAGCACCUACCUGGUGGCCUUCGCCUACAAGAACGUCAAGUUUGUUCUCAAGCACAAAGUUGCCCAGAAGCGUGAGGAUGCCGUUUCCAAGGAGGUAACCAGGAAGUUGUCCGAGGCAGACAACCGCAAGAUGUCCCGCAAGGAGAAAGACGAGAGGAUCCUGUGGAAGAAGAAUGAGGUCGCUGACUACGAGGCCACCACCUUCUCCAUCUUCUACAACAACACCCUCUUCCUGGUCCUCGUCAUCGUCGCCUCCUUCUUCUUGCUGAAGAACUUCAACCCCACCGUCAACUACAUUCUGUCAAUCAGUGCCUCCUCGGGACUCAUCGCCUUGCUUUCCACCGGCUCCAAGUAAAGGAAGAACAGGGGAGAGCAGAAGGGAUGAGGGGUAACGGGGUGGGGUUGGGUAGGAAGUGGGUUAAAAAAGGGGGUAUACAGAAUGUUGUUUUUCACCUAUCUUAGGAAUGGGGUAUAAAUGGGGGUCUGGAAUAUCACAUUUCAACUUCAUGAAAUUCAUGAUCAAAUGUCUGGAGGGUGCUUCUCCAGGUCUGUCUUCUGUUUUUUGUAACAAAUAAAGCAACCAGGUUUA